UCCUGGGACCAACACAAAGUGCUCCGUCAGAGAACAACCACCAUACUGCAAGAAAGAUACAUGAAAAGACUUAUGAGAGAACAGGGUUUGUCCCAGCAGUCUUUUGUGAGUGCUUCAGAGAGAGCUGCGCACAGUGGAAUAGCUGGGAGAAUGUUUCUCUGGGCUGGAAGCAAAGGAGCUCAAGGAAGUGAGAGAAGCAGGACCAUUUAUCAGAAGAUCCGCGAGUAUGAUAUUUUGGAGAAGAGGAGGACGGUCACAGCGCUGAAGGCUGGAGAGGACAGAGCCAUUCUCUUAGGCCUCAGCAUGAUCCUUUUCUCUGCCAUGAUGUACUUUGUGUUGGGCAUCACAAUGGUGCGCUCUUACUCAGACAGCGUUUGGACAGAGGAGUCAAACUGCACAGUGCUGAACUCUGGUAUAGUUGCUGAGAUUAACUGCAGCUACAGUUGUGGCUCAGAGUGCCGGAAGAGCUCCAGGUAUCCCUGUCUUCAGGUUUACGUCAGUCUGAACGCCACAGGGAAAGUUCUGCGACUGUCUUACAACGAGGAGGCCCAUGAAGCCAACCCUGAGUGUUUUUACAUCCCGAAGUGCCGCAAGGAUCAUACGCUGAUGCACACUAUCGUGAUGAACAUCUCCGAGCGACUGAAGACGCACCAACAGGUUUUGUGUUACUACGACCCCUCAGAGCAGCAGGACAGCGUCCUCCUGACACGUCUCUAUGCGGGGGCCAUCAUUACCUCCCUCCUCUGGCCCACGUGCACGCUGGUGGGGGGCACGCUCAUCAUCGCAAUGGUCAAGCUCACUCAGUACUUGUCCUUCCUGUGCGAGCAGAUCAGCCGCAUUAAAAGGUGA